AUGGAUCUUGCCACCAGAACCCCCUUCUGGGGCCCCCAGACAUCCUAUUUGAACACGGUCUCAGAAUUUCCCGGCGGAUUCUCUCCUGCAAAUGCUAAUCUUAGAUGUGAUUGGCUCUUUAAGGACUAUGUGAUCACCAGAUACGUCGCGGAGUUCAUUAACACCCUCAUGCGUUCGAAAUCCACCGGGUAUGCCAAAAACAUCUUGCCUUCAAAUCAACUAAUCCAUCUCGCCUACCUAGUCGUUCUUGGUAUUCACGGUCUAUUGAGGAUCAUCAAAAAUGGCCAAGCGACAGUGGGUCGUUCAAUUCCCUUCUUCGGUUUGAUGGGCGUGGGUGUCUGCUCCGCCGGGUACCACAUGACCCUGAAAUAUCACACGCAAAUGUCGGAUGAAUUAUCAAUGCACCUUCUCACUACGCCGCUCGUGCACCGUCUGCUCACUUUCCAGAAGAGCGAGCAGUACACCCGACUCAUGGGCAUCAUCCUCUUCAUCGAGUUCACCGUCGUCAUGGUUGCGCAUAUGGUCCUGGAUGAGUUCCUUCUCCAUGCGGUGACCUUUGGAUCGGGAGUUCUUCUAAUUGUGAUCUGUACAAUGAGAGUCAUCCCGCGACAAAUUCCAGAUGCCGUGAUUCGGAAGAAUGUUAGGAACGUGACUCGUUUUGGAGUGUUCUGCUUUCUUUUUGGAUACAUGAUCUGGCUCGUCGAUGAGUUCACCUGUAGACAUUUGAUCUCCAUCCGACACUCCAUCGGCCUUCCCUUGGCUUUCCUAUUUGAAUUUCACGGAUGGUGGCAUGUCUUCACGGCCAUUGGUGGAUAUAUUGCCGUGGUGGUUAUCGACAUGCUUACGGCUGGUGAGGUACACGAGGACCCGACUGGCCAGUUUGCCUGGCCUCUUCCGCUUGUUGCCAGGACGAUAGGGUCAUCAGUGUCUAAGAAGGAGAAUUAA